GAAGAAAAGCUGUUCAAUUCAUUGAUAUAAAUAUUCUAUGGAAAGCCUUUAACAAAGAACGUGACGCUGCGUGCAGUGAGCCAUAAUUCCAUUCGAAUUGGUCAAAUUGGGUAAUUUUCGACUUUAAUUUUGGAUUUGGAUCCGAUCAAAUAAUAACCAUGGUUAAAUUGAAAAAAUUACGGCCACGUUGUUUUUUCGACAUUUCGAUCGACGGCGAAAAUGCCGGUCGAAUUAUUUUCGAAUUAUUCAAUGAAACAUGUCCGAAAACAUGUGAAAAUUUUAAAGCACUUUGUACAGGGGAAUCAGGUAUCGGACGAUUGACUGGAAAACCUUUACAUUAUAAAAAUGUUAAUUUUCAUCGUAUAAUCAACGGAUUUAUGAUACAAAGUGGAGAUUUCUCCCAAAACAAUGGCAAAGGCGGUGAAAGUAUUUUUGGUGGCACAUUCAACGAUGAAUCUUUUGAACAUAAACAUGAUCGACCAUUUCUGUUGUCGAUGGCAAAUCGUGGACCAAAUACAAAUGGUUCUCAAUUUUUCAUAACCCUUGUACCAACACCACAUCUUGAUGGCGUUCAUGUUGUAUUUGGUCAUGUAAUCGUUGGCCAAGAUGUUGUAAUGCGAAUCGCCCAGCAACCAGUCGAUAAACAAAGUCGCCCUGCAGUAUCAGUUUGUAUAUCAAAUUGUGGUGAAUUAGUACCACAAAUCAAGCCAAAACCGACGAAAACUUUGAAAGCCAAAAAACGAAGCCAUAAAAAACGAAAAAAUGAUAGUGAUGAUGAUUCAGAUGAUACAAGUUCGGACAGUUCGGAUUCAAGUUCAAGCAGCAGCAGCAGUUCAACUAGCAGCUCUGAAUCGGAAGAUUCUUCACAAGAAACAACAGAUCAAAAACAAGCAGAUAAUGGUGAUAAUACGAAAGCUGAAACUGAAAACAGUAUUUCUUUAUUCAAUCCAAAAUAUUCAGUUCGUAUUGAUCCGGAUGAAAUACCCGAAGUACCACAGAAUCGUUUUUUGCAACGAAGUUUUCGGCCAGCUCCUUCCACAAACGAAACAGUUAUCAAAAACAAAGAUAAAGAAGAACCAUCUAGAAAAAGUCGUUCCCUUGAAUCCUCGUCAAAUAAUAACCGAAAUGACCGAUCAUAUGAAAGACGUAUUUUAUAUACACGUUCGGGACGGAAAAUCAAAGGUCGUGGUUCAGUUCGAUAUCGUACACCAACACCUGAUGAUGAUGAUGAUCAUCGUUAUCGCAGGUCCUCAUAUUCUUCACGAAGAUGGCGUAGAAGUGAAACACCACCAUAUUGGCGUGCUGAACAAUCAAAACUUCGGCCAUGGAAGCAGAUAAUAUCCGAUAUGGAUCGUGCGAAAAAACGGGAUUCUGAAAAGGAUAAAAGCCGUCAAAGAAGUUCUCGUUCACGUUCAAAUGAACGACAUCAUCGUCGUCAUCGUCAUCACCAUCGUGAAAGCAGAAAUAAUGAGCAUGAUGAUCAUUCUAAUCGAAAUAACGAUCGUCAUCGUUCACGAAGUUCAAGUCCAACAAAAUAUCAAGAUCGAAAAAUGGAUGAAAAAAAUGGCAGACAUAAAAGAAAAUUUCGAGAAUUUCCAUCACCACCACCUUCAUCAGUAUCGGAAAAACGCAAUUCCAAUUCAAAACACACACAAUCUCGAAAAUCAAUAGAAAAAGAAAAUCAUCCACAGGAUUUACAACAAAAUGAAUCAAACGAUAUCAACACCGCCAACAAAUUGCAAAAAGCAAUCGAAUUGAAAACCUAAAAAAAUGUUCAUUCAUUCAUGUUUUUACAAACCAAGCAUUUGUUUGCACUUGAAUCAAUUCUGCAUUCGAAUAUUAAAAAUUCAUUUUAUUUAA